AUGUCGGUCAAGCAUGAGGAGGCGCCGCAGAGAUCCAGCUCGGAGGGACUCGCAGAGUUGAAGCUGGAGUUGCAGGGGUUGCCACGUGGCUUGAAACAGCCCCCUACGAGUCCGCACCGUCCUAGCCAGGAGCCGCACGUGGCAGAUGGAGCUGGGGGAGCCGGCAGCGAGGAGCAGCCUCCUGUGGACGUGGCCGGCCCCUUUCCAGAAGUGACGCUGAAGGUCCACGUGAGCGAUGCCAGCACACAUCAGCCGCUAACUGAAGCCUUCAUUGAGAUUUUUACCAACCAGAUUUCCAUUGCAUCUGGCACCUCGGGAGCAGAUGGCACUGCCUUCCUCAAGUUUCAGUAUAAGCUGGGCAAUCAGCUGAUAGUGACUGCUAGUAAACAUGCCUAUGUGCCAAAUUCUGCACCAUGGAAACCUGUAAGAUUGCCUGUGUUCUCCUCACUGAGUCUUGGCCUUCUUCCUGAACGCUCAGCUACUUUAAUGGUCUAUGAUGAUGUAGUCCAGAUAGUCUCAGGAUUUCAAGGGGCGCGGACUCAGCCACAAGUUCACUUUCAGAGAAGAUCUGUGAAAUUACCAGAGAACACGAGCUACAGUGAUUUGACAGCCUAUCUAACAGCAGCCAGUUCACCCUGGGAAGUGGACAGUUUUCCCCAUUUGCAGGGAUUAGAUGGAAAUGGAACAGGUAACAGCACUAGGUACGACCUCACCCCCGUCACGGCAGUCAGCGUUCACCUGCUGAGCAGCGAUGGGACCCCGGUCCCCGUGAACGGCCCCAUCUACGUGACAGUGCCUCUGCCCCCCAACAGCAACCUCAAGCACAAUGCACACGUCCCAGCGUGGAGGUUUGACCAAAAAUUCGGGACAUGGCUGAAGAGUAGUUUUGGCCUUGUACAGCAAGAAGGAAAUCAAUUGACUUGGACUUACAUUGCACCUCAGCUGGGCUACUGGGUUGCAGCUAUGUCACCUGCUAUCCCAGGUCCUGUUGUCACACACGACAUUACCAGCUAUCAUACGAUGUUUCUUCUGGCAAUCUUAGGAGGGAUGGCUGUCAUCCUUCUUGUCUUGCUGUGUCUCCUUUUGUAUUAUUGCAGAAGAAAAUGUUUAAAACCACGUCAGCACCAUAAGAAGCUGCAGCUUCCCACAGCACUGGACACUUCCAAGAAGGAUCAAGCAACCUCUAUGUCACAUAUAAAUUUAAUAUUUUCCCGGCGCGAGUCAGAGUUUCCAGGCGGGCUCUCUGUUGCUAGCAAUGGACACGGCGAAACCUCAGGAGCCAAGGAAUUAAUCAGCGCUGUCCGCAUGGAGAUGGUGUCCGCCAGCGGAGAAGCAGAUCUGCACACACCUAUGCUCAAACACUCGUUCACCACUUCCCAGGAGUUUAGCUCCCGGGAGGAGCUGCUUUCUGACAAGGAGAAAGACAAGAGCAGAAUUUCCUUGGAUGACCUGACUCCCAGCGGGUCCCUGAGAAAAGACUACCACAAAUCAGCUGAUAGUUUUCCUUUAAAGACAAGAAAAUCUACAGAAACUGUUGAGGGCUAUGAGUCCCCCAUCAAAGAUGAGUACAGGAGAAGCUACAACGCUAUGCUGUCUCAGCCUCUGUUUGAAAAGCAAGAGAGAGAAAUCCAAGUAUCUAUGAAUCAUAUAGCUACUGGAAGUAAAUACAAUAUUCAGGAACAAAUAUACCCCACACCUCCAGCCCCCGAAAAAGAACUGUUGGACUGCAGACCUACUGAAUGUAUGAUGUCUCGUUCAGUGGAUCACCUUGAACGACCUACAUCUUUCCCUCGACCAGGUCAGUUAAUUUGCUGCAAUUCUGUUGACCAAGUUAACGACAGUGUUUACAGAAAAGUUUUGCCCGCGUUGGUCAUUCCAGGUCACUACAUGAAAUUACCGGGCGAACACCCUUACGUUAGCCAGCCGCUGGUGGUUCCAGCUGACCAGCAGAUUGACAUAGAAAGACUCCAGGCGGAGCUCCCGAACCCCCACGUGCGGCUUUUUCCGCACCCGCCGCAGCAGCUGCAGCCGCAGCAGUUGGCCUCGCAGGCAGUAUCUCAGCAGCAUUUGCAGGACGCAGGUGCAGCUGAGUGGAGCCAACAAAACGCUUCCAUGUCCGAAUCUAUCUCCAUUCCUGCCUCGCUGAACGAUGCAUCCCUGGCGCAAAUGAACAGCGAAGUGCAGCUCCUUACAGAAAAGGCUCUGAUGGAACUGGGAGGGGGGAAACCCUUGCCUCAUCCUCGGGCAUGGUUUGUUUCUCUAGAUGGGCGUUCCAACGCUCACGUUAGACAUUCGUACAUUGACCUCCAAAGAGCCGGUAGGAACGGGAGCAACGACGCCAGCUUGGACUCCGGCGUUGACAUGAACGAACCCAAAUCUGCCCGCAAGGGAAGAGGAGGAGAGCACCCGUCGGCGGCGCCGAGCCACCCCGCGGCGCCGGAGCAGCAGCAGCAGCAGCAGCAGCAGCGCAGCGCGGACGCCACGUCCUACACGCAGCUCGUGUGCCUGGAGGACAUGGACCAGAGCGGCAGCGAGUGCGGCACGGCCGUGUGCAGCCCCGAGGACAGCGCCCUGCGCUGCCUGCUGGACGGCCCCGGCAAGAGGAGCGGCGCGCAGCUGCCCAGCCUGCAGGAGGAGAGCAGGACUGCGGAGCCCAGGCCGGAGCCCUCAACGAGCCCCGCGCGCGGAACGGCCCUUCGCGACGAGGACGAGGACGAGGAGGAUGACCAGGGUGAGGAUAAGAAGAGUCCUUGGCAGAAACGAGAGGAAAGACCACUAAUGACAUUCAAUCUAAAGUGAGCUGUUGUGAAAAUCCACCGUUCCGUGGAGUAUAAAAUUGCCAAAUAUUCUUUCUGUGGAAGUGCUUGAUUUUUUUUUCUUUUUUUUUUUUUUGUUGUGGAGAAAAAAAAAAAGAGAAAAACUGUGGUGAGCAACUUUUGAAAGAACUUAUAAUGCAUUACUGUGUAAAUGUUAGAAAAGAUUUAAAAUCAUUCCUCUGAUUUAACGGCUGCCUCCAGUGAGAUAGCUGAACAAAGAGUGUGAUUGUUAUUCCAUAUACUUGAUAUUGGUCAUCCAGGAUGUUAAAAAUGCUGACAGAUUGUUUGGGUUGGUUUAUGACCUCAAUCUCCUUAUGAAUGGGAGCUGGUAAAACUGUUGUUAGAUAGGCCCAUUUUAUGUUGAUAAUGCUACUGAAAGAGUAUCUUAAAAACCCUAGUUUGACACGUGGUGUCCAAAAUUGUGCAUUAUCUCAAUGAAAGGCUAUGCAUUGCUGCUUUUAGUAAUAUUUUGCUUCUACUAUGCUUUUCUUAAUUUUACAAGUUGGUUGUAAACAUUUUAUGUCCUUUAUUAUAAACUACUCAGCAAUUUUUUUAAUGUAAAACUGCAGGAAACUUGAGUAGCAUCCCUUAGCAUUGAAGCCUUUUUCUGAAACCAAACUGAACUUUGUGUCAACUAAGACUCCUCUAAUUCUGGUCCCACUUACUCAAAGUGCCUUUUUUACAGUAACAAUGAACAGUCCCUUCUUUUGCUAACUCCUUUUAAUUGACCCCGUUUGGGAUUUUAUAAACUUCUGGACUUUCACCUUUUACUUUAAGCUGCAUGCCAAGAGUCCCGUUUUGUGCUGAGCAUUUCUCAUUUCAGUACAGCGUAUUCUGUAACUAUCAUGUAUAUUGUGGAUUCUGUUUAGCCAGGGUAGACUUAGAGGACAUUUUAAAGGCCCCAGGGUAGCCAAGAAGAUAGUUUCAUGGGCUGUAUAUAUUGUUAGUUUUCUCUGAAGCAUAUGAGCUCAUCUUGCUCAUGUAAAACGGACUGUGGACCGAGCAAGUAGACUGAAUGUGUCUAAAAAAGUUUUU